CAUCACAUUAAUAUCUGCAAAAGCCUUCUUAUCUGUAAACAAAGAGCUACCUGAGCUGCUGUUACUGUAACCGUGUGCCGUAGCUAUGGACAGUCCAACAGCAAGUAUGGUUGAUAACGACACCGUCCUCCAGACACUGUCGGAGCUAACUGGUGGAUCGACCCUCUUAAAGACUGGAAGAUCAGGUCGAUCUCAUUUCCGUCGGUUCUCGCUGGCCCCUGAUCUCACUCGGUUGUCAUGGGAAUCGGCCAAACGUACCGAUGCUACCAUCCUUAUCUCUGAGAUCAGCGAGCUUGUGAUUGGACAAAAUACUGCGAACUUCAAGAAGUACCCACUGCCAGAGUGUGAGACACGCUCCUUCUCCCUCCUCUAUUCCGGUCGCUCUGUGGACAUCAUCUGCAAAGACAAGAAAGAGUUUGAGACAUGGACUACCGGUAUCCAGGCAUUACUCAGUGGUUUCUGUGACAAAGAGGCCGUUGAAGCUCACAUAACAUCGUCUCUGUCGAGUAACAAGAGAAGACAGACAAAGACGAUGCAAGAAGACCGUGUUACAGUGUCGUUCAGCAGCGCUCUGGGUACCAUUAAUCGGACGAAAGUACUCGUACAAGAAAGUGCAUGUGAUCUGUAUACGUGGGGGUGUGGUGAGCGGGGGAUUCUGGGUCACAAGGACGAGGACUCUGAGAUGUUGCCGAGAGUAGUGGAGAGUCUACUGGGCCGUGACAUUGUGAUGCUGGCUUGUGGGGUCUAUCAUACAAUGGCCUUAUCUGUUACUGGUGAAGUGUUUACGUGGGGCUUUGGCAAAUACGGUCGUCUUGGACACGGUAACCUUAGAGACCGAUUCUCUCCUCUCAUGAUCGGGAUUCCGCUAAGGGGUGUGGCCAUCACCUACAUUGCCUGUCACGAGAAUCACUCGGCUGCAGUCGCUGACAAUGGCGAGCUGUACACGUGGGGCAAGGCUGGGCCUCACCUUGGUUACGAGCUUGGUGACGGGGCUACAAAGCAGCUGAAGCCGAAACGAGUCGACGAUUUAAGUUCUGAACAUGUCACCAUUGUUUCCUGCGGCCUGGGGCACACUCUAGUUUGCACAGAGAGCGGUAAGUUGCUGUCCUUUGGGUCCAACAAAUACGGAGAGCUUGGGUUGAGUCACGGAGGCCCUCAGGCAACUACCACGCCCACUCUAGUGGAGUCAAUCAAGGGGAACGUCGUGCGUGUGGCAUGUGGGCGAUUACACUCAGCCGCCAUUGAUGAGGAGGGGUUCGUGUGGAUGUGGGGUUGGGGUCAGAGAGGUCAACUGGGACAGGGGGAUACUAAGAACCUCAAUACACCUGCUCAAGUUGAAUUCUUGAUUCCUAUAGCGGACAUAGCUUGUGGAGACGCUCACAACUGUGCCCUAACAACUAACGGGGUAGUAUUCAGCUGGGGGGACAACAGUGCCGGACAGUUGGGAAUAGCUCACAGCUACCAGGAGGUCACCAAACCCAAACAGGUGCUGACCCCCACCGGACAACCCAUCUCACAGGUGGCCUGCGGGGCUAACUUCUCAGCUGCCCUAUCAGCUGUGGGAAGAGUGUUCACCUGGGGCUACGGAGCAAGUGGGCAGCUGGCAAACAACGACACUAGAGGAAGGCCUAGCCCUAUCGAGGUGGACUCGUUGCUCGAUAAACAGGUUCGGUGGGUGGCGUGUGGAGCGGAGCACAUGGGCUGUACCGUCGUGCAUGGCUGGGUACCGGACGAGGAAGCCAAAGAAUGCAUGGCCUGCAAGAAAUCCUUCACCACUAUUCGCAGGAGACAUCACUGUCGCAAGUGCGGGGGUAUCUACUGUGGAACGUGCACUACCAAACGAUUCCCUCUCCUGGAGAGAGGCUACAGUGACAAAGUGCGAGUGUGCGAGCGUUGCUACUCCGUACUCACCAAGGACAAUUAAGACUUGUGGGCGGGGCUAUCCUACCCACCCACCCCUAAUUAUGUGUGUGUGUGUGUUUCAAUAUUAUUAUAUCACUGUA